AUCCAGAAGCAGCCACGUAGCAUGUUAUAAUUUAUUGGUUUUAUACAUCCCCUCAAAUAUUAAUAGUUAAUUGUUUUGUUUUCAAUUAUGUUCAGGUCAACUGCUUUGUUAUAUUUUGUUUCCUCGAAAGAUUUCUGAAUCCCUGGUGAGCAUACAGAGAAAAUCCUCACCCUGGAGUCAGUUUUGUGGCUCAGCCAAUGACAUUGUUUGUCUGUUUGUUGUUCCACUCUCUCUUCUGCCCUCUAGGAGACAUUUGAUGAGAGCGAGCUGCAGUUCACAGUGUCACCUAAAGGCGGCCUGUCCACUGUGAGGCUUUGUUUGACUUGAGGAUUUGGAGUGCAUUAGUGAAGGUUUCAAUGGAGAGACAGGGAUUGAGAGGAGGAAAAUAAAUGAGGGAGGGAGGAGUUUACGUCACAGACAUACAUAUACAUGGAAAGAAACAAAGCAGGUGGGGGACACAAAAAAGGACAAAUAUAUUCAGAUACAAAGCUAGAGAUGGAGCUGUGUGAGAUUUUAGAAGAGAAACGCAGUCUACACUGUCCUAAUCUGGGACACGAGCAGUGCUGAGAACUUAACAGGUCGUCACAAACUCGCAUAGACAUAUGGACAAGAUGGGGGCCAGUCGUCCACUGCCCAGCCCGCCCAAGGAUUCAUUAAGUGUUGCAAUAAAGGCUAUCAGUGUGAGCACAGAACUUGUCGAGGAGGAACUAAAACCCCAUUUGGAGACAAUGUUGAAUGCUGCCAUUGAAAGAAAGAAAGGCAUAUCCGAGCAGGUGGUAGAAAGCGGGAUCCUCCCUGUUAUGGCUCAGAUUUUAAGAAGGAAAAGCACUCUCACUAUUCACACUGCCAGGCUAGUAGCUGAACUGGCCAGAGACGCUCCUGUGAGAGAGCAAUGCUUUGAGACGGGCAUUGUGUCUGCCCUUGUGACCUUACUGCUAAGCCAAGACCAGGACCUUCUCCUUCACGUUAGCCAGGCCAUCGCCAGGAUCUGCUAUGACAACUUGCAGCAAGAGCGAUUCCUGAGGCUCGGAGCUGUCCCGCGACUGGUGUCGGUUCUUCUCCAGCACAGUGGGAAUGAGGCACUGCAGAGCUCUUGCCUUAUGGCCCUCUGUAACCUGUCAAACAUGGGUGAAGAGGACGGCUCAAUGCUUUCCUGGGAGGAAGGGGCAUAUUUCGGUGAAGGGGAACGUGUGUUCCGCGGCACCUCGCGUUACUGUUUCGGCUUCUCUUCGGCUGUGAUGGUGGUCAGGCUGAAACAGUGGACUAACGGCCAGUACUCUGUGGCAGUAGAAGUGCUUCAAAGAUGCUCCACAAUGCUGUGGGGCGCAAAAAACGCCCACCAGACUGGACACCGUUUACCGAACUUUGCCCACUUGGGAAGCUGCCCCAAAUUUUAUAAAGUUAUCAAAUGCUCAGUGAAGAACAUACCGAGAAACAGGAAUCUGAGGGCAGCCGUGCUUCAUUCCCUCAUGUGAGGCUUCAUCGGAGUGCAAAGGUGCCUAAAACAGGUGAUCUGGCGUAAACCACGUCCUGACAUUUAAGGAGCUCAUUUCACCCAUUUGCAUUUGAGAAUGGAUCUGAAAUCAACAAAAAA